CCUACUAUAAAUAAUGAUUACUUAGUAAGCCAAAGAAAAGGUCAAAGCAUGACUACUAUAAUCAGAAAUUAAGAAACAUAAAAAAUAGUGAUAAGAUGCUAUCAUAUAUAGAAACAGCCUCAUCGCCAAAAACCUAUCUUCACUCUUCACCAACCUCUCUCAUCAUAACCGUUGAUAAAGGUCAAUGUUUAGAGGUCUGAGCAUACGGCGGAACCGGCGGGGCUAUGAGCAGCUGGGCGACGGAGACGAGGCGUCGUUGGUGCCUAAGUUGAGCAGAACGAAAAGCUUGCCUACCACGAAAGUGAACAGCUCUCCGAAAAGGAUAGCUACCGCGGCGGCGAAAGAAGCGAAGAAGGCUGGCAAAGUUCACCCCUUUUUCAGUAUUUUCGAGACGAAGCGGAGGAAGAAGGCGACGGCGAAGCCGGAAUUCUCGAGGUAUUUGGAGUAUGUCAAGGAAGGAGGAGCAUGGGACAUGGCCGCAAACAGGCCUGUUAUGUAUUAUACAUAAUCAUAAUAUUUUCUAUCAAUAUUGUUUUUUCAGUUAAUUAGCUAGCUUCAAAUAUAUGUUUCGACCACUCACAUACUCAUUCUCACUUUUAAAUUUUUUGGGUGAUUGUUAUUGUCACAAUUAUUAUUUCCUAAGUUCACUGUAUCCUUGGUUUU